CCCUAAAUAUUUUGGUAUCCCAAUCGGUAAUAUCAAAUACGAAAUUAAUUACAUUUGUAAUUAAUAAUUGGAUUAAUUGCAUGGCUGGUCACUAAGAUUCCAAAAAAGUUCAAGUUUGGUCACUUGAAAUAUUUAAAUCCAUUGGUGGUACUUCAGUUUAGUGAAACCGUUCUCGUUUGGUCACUCUCCUUCCAACUCUGUUAACUUUUGCUUACAUGGUGGUCAACUCUAAAAGUUGACUAUUAAAUGUGUGACGUGACAAUUAAAAAAUAAUAAAAUUAAAAUUUUCAAAAUUGCCAUCUCAUUUCAACCUCAUUAUCACUUUUAUUUAAAAUAAAUAAAAAACUCUAAUUUCUUCUAAUUCCCAAUCCCUGGUCUAGCCAGAGACUCUCUUUCAAUUUUUAGUCGAUAUUGGGGUAGUCCGAUGAGAAUCGAUUUGAAUGAAAAGGAUAGAGAUAAUAACAAGCAAAGAUCAGAGCUUUAUUGGAACUCUAGAAGAAGAAUCCAUGGAAUGACGCAAAUCGAUUCCAACCAUCUUUUUGCUCGCUGCCGUCAACACCGACGGCAGAUCUGGGAUGGACGACGACGAGAAGCUGGUAGGGACGACGACGAGAUCGGAACCUUCAUCCUCGACGAUUCCGGCUUCCCCUUCCUCGACGGCUUGUUUCUAGGAGGCAGUGGGCGCAGACAACGAUGGGUUUCUGGUAGGGGUGGCUUUACGGUCUGGUCCAGUUAAAUUGGACCGAAUUGAUCCGGUCCCAAUCCGGUCUUUUCGGGAAUAUAAGGACCAAAAAUUAAAUUGGAUACAGUUCGGUCUUGAUCCGGUCCGGUCUUUACUUGGUCCGGCCACAAUUCGAUCUUAAUUUUAGAUUGAGCUUGUAGGGAUUUGAGUUGCCUGAGGACUCAAAGAGUGAGGAGUUGGUUAAGUUUUGGGUGUUUGGCUCUCUUAUCCGGUCUUUAUCCGGUUUUCAAUCCGGUCGCAAACGGUUUUUUACCUCAAAUAUAUGGCCGAAGAUUGGAUUGUUUGCUAUCCGGUUCUGGUCCGGUCCCAGUCCGGGUUAUACGGUCUGGUUUCGGGUAAAAGUAAAUCGCCCGGACCAAAUAGCCAGCCCUAGUUUCUGGGAGGGCGUGGGUUUCGGCGGCGGAACCUUCUUCCUCGACGGCGCGCGACGAUUCCGGCUUCUCCUUCCUCGGCGACUUGUUUGUGGGAGGCGGCGGACGCGGACGACAAUGGAUUUCUGUGAGGGCGUGGGUUUCGGCGGCGGGGAUAGACGUGGGAAGGGAGGAGGGGGAGUAUAGGGGUAACGAGUCUUAUUUUAGGUUUUAAGUUAAUUUUAGAUGGAGGGUAAAAUGGUCAGUUUGGUAUAGAUUAGGAAUGUAAUUUUAAUAAUUUAGGGUGUUAAAUAGAAGUUCAGAUUGGUAUUAGCGAUUAGAAGAAAUUAGGUUUUUUAUUUAUUUUAAAUAAAAGUGAUAAUAAGGUGGAAAUGAGAUGACAAUUUUGAAAAGUUUAAUUCUAGUAUUUUUUAAAUUGCCACAUCACUCAUUUAAUGGUAAACUUUUAGAGUUGACCGCCACGUAAGCAAAAGUUAACGGAGUUGGACGGAGAGUGACCAAACGUGAACGGUUUCAGUAAGUUGAAGUACUACCAAUGGAUUUAAAUAUUUUGAGUGACCAAACUUGAACAUUUUUUGUAAUCUCAGUGACACCCAUGCAAUUAAUCCAUUAAUAAUUAAAUAUAUAAAUUAGAUAUGAUUGUUUAAUAUAAGACAAAGAGACUAAGCAAAGAGUCAUGAGUUUGGCUAGAGCUAGGAUAUGGAUAAGGAGAAUGGAGGAGAGGUGACAUUUCAAGUUUUUGUCAUUGGUAAUCUUUAAUUUGACGAAUUGGAGGUUGAGAGAAUACUAAUACUAGUAUUUGCUUUUUGGUGUUAUGAAAAUAACAAUAGAUUAGUGGUUGAGGGUCGUGUAGUAGUGAAUGAGAGAGUCUAGUUGAGAGGAUAAAAUACACACUAACUUAUAUUUCGGUAUAGACCGAUCACAAUCUCGUAAUCCUUAAUACCGAAUAACAAUUGAAAUUGAAU